AUGUCCAAGCCGUCUGCACAGCCAACCCUCACGCCACAGUUCUGCUUCAACCAAACGGCAUUGCGAGACUUUCUGCGCAUAUCCCGCAGCAGCAUCGACGACUCGAUCACGCAGAACCUCAACGCGCUGCUCACCCCGGCACAACGAGGCUUCGAUCCAACAUCCACAAGCACACGCCAGCUGCCCGUGCCGGGCCAGACACGGGCGCUGGAGCCAGAGCAGUGCGAGGCGUUCAAGGAGAAGGUGCUGUUUCCCAGCUGGGCGGUGCGAUCAGAUGUACUGGACUACUGCGCUGGCGUCGCGACAUCCCCGGAUCCAGACGACCCGGGUAGUGUUUUGCGUCAGAUAGAAGAUGCAAAGGCGAGAGAGCGCACUGUGGAUGAGAGGCUAGAUCCAUACUCUGGGCGCUACUUUCCCAUGGAGGCGAGGACAGAGAGCCUUGCCAUGCUGAUGCGCAAUGAGAGGGCGGUAGAGAAGAUUAUCCGCAUGCGCACAUGGAGCAUACUGGGCGAGCGAUGCGGCAUCGCGAGCGAAGAGGCUGACGAGGCGUUUGACAAGUGGAGGGCGACACGGCGGCGGUGAUGUAGCUGGUAGACGACAUUGCAUAGUAUUGGUAUAGCUGUCGCAUAGCGUGUAAUCUCCACUUUGUACAAUAGCAUACGGCGUUGUCUAUAUCACAGUGCGGAUUGCAAAUGCGAUUGAAAGCUCACACUCGACAUGGCUCCUCAAAAGUUUUGCAAAAAACCAAAGCGC